AUGCCGCCAUCGGAUUCUCAAUUUGACAUCUCAUCGAGGACAAUGAAGGAUGGCACUUUGCUCACAGAGGACGACGAGCGAGUCAGCAAAGAAUUGAAAUUGGACGAUACGGUCAAGACCGACGCUAACAUUGUCGAAAAGAGGGACACCGAUUCGGAAAACAGCACUACCAUUGCCCAUGAUGGCAAAAAGGCCUCCUGGUUUCAAAAAACCAUCGAGUUUUUGGAAGUCAAGCAGGACUCUACCGACGCGGCCGAAUAUAAGCCCGAAAAGCCCAUCAAGACACUUAAGGAUCUGCGGGAAUCGCUAGUAUCCACGUACUUGUACAACACGGACCUACGGCCCGUGGAAGCCAAGAGAAGAACAUGGACGUGGAAGCAGUACAUUUUCUUUUGGAUUUCUGGGUCCUUCAACGUCAACACAUGGCAAAUCUCAGCCACAGGCCUGCAAUUGGGGCUUAAUUGGUGGCAGACUUGGAUUUGUAUUUGGGUCGGAUACGCAUUCGUUGCAUUUUUCCUGAUUCUGGGCUCCAAAGUGGGGAACAAUUACCACAUCUCAUUCCCCAUCUCGUCGAGGGUUUCUUUCGGCAUCUAUUUCUCCAUCUGGAUUGUCAUCAACCGUGUUGUCAUGGCGUGUGUCUGGAAUUCGACGUUGGCUUACAUUGGUAGUCAAUGUGUUCAAUUGAUGCUAAAGGCCAUCUUCGGUACCAACUUGAAUGCUAGAAUGAAGGACACCAUAAAAAACCCUAAUCUAACAAAUUUCGAGUUCAUGUGUUUCAUGGUCUUCUGGGUCGUGUGUUUGCCCUUCUUAUGGUUCCCACCUGACAAAUUACGCCACAUAUUCGCGUUAAAAUCCGCCAUUACUCCAUUUGCGGCAUUCGGAUUUUUAAUUUGGACCCUAUGCAAGGCCAAAGGUCAUUUGGCGUUAGGCUCAUUGAACGACAAUGGUGGCGCUAUCAGCAAGACUGUCCUGGCAUGGUCUGUGAUCAGAGCCAUUAUGAGUGCCCUAGAUAAUUUCUCCACUUUGAUUUUAAACGCUCCUGACUUCACUAGAUUCGGCAAGACUUACAAAUCUUCUGUUUAUUCGCAAUUAAUAGCUCUGCCCGUCUGUUAUGCCAUUAUUUCUUUAAUUGGUAUUUUGUCUGUCUCGGCAGCUUACACAUUAUACGGGGUUAACUAUUGGAGCCCUCUAGACAUCUUGAACAGAUACUUGGACAAUUAUACUUCGGGAAACAGAGCCGGUGUGUUUCUAAUCUCGUUCAUUUUUGCGUUUGAUCAACUGGGCGCUAAUCUAUCGGGCAACUCCAUCCCUGCAGGUACCGACUUGACUGCACUCCUACCAAAAUUCAUCAAUAUUAGACGUGGCUCUUAUAUUUGUGCUCUAAUAUCGCUGGCUAUUUGUCCCUGGGAUUUAUUGUCAUCAUCAUCAAAGUUUACCACGGCGUUGGCAGCAUACGCAGUUUUCUUGAGUGCCAUUGCAGGUGUCAUUUCCGCCGAUUACUUUAUUAUCAGAAAGGGUUAUGUCAAUAUUUUCCAUUGCUACACCAACAAGCAAGGCUCUUACUACAUGUACAAUAGAUACGGUACCAACUGGAGGGCAGUGGUGGCAUACAUACUUGGCAUUGCUCCCAACUUUGCAGGGUUUUUAGGUUCACUGGGAGUUCCCGUGCCAAUUGGCGCCAUGAGAGUUUACUAUUUGAACUAUUUCGUCGGUUAUCUUGUUGCUGCAUUGAGUUACUGUAUCCUAGUUUACUUUUACCCGAUCAAAGGUAUUCCAGGCGGUACUAAGAUAACAGACCGCAAAUGGCUCGAAGAAUGGGUCGAAGUCGAAGAAUUCGCAACCGAAAGGGAAGCGUUUGAAGAAUACGGUAGUGUUUCAACCGGCUAUGAAAAGAUACGAUACGUUUAA